AUGCUACUCCUCAAGGCGGAGGACUCAAAACGUCGAGGUAUGUCGUGCCUAACCCAGCGGCCGCGGACGAAAGUGCUCUCAGCGGCUGCAAACAUAGCGCAUACCAUGAUGUCAAUUCGGCAGCACCCGAUUUGCGGAGGCCAGACUCGUCGGCCUGCUUGCACAAAUUCAGCGCCGGCGGUCGGGAUACGCUGCUCUGCGCUGACUCAGGCCCCGGCGCAGCUCGCCCCCGCCCGCUUCCCCGCCGUGCUGGCCCACGCGCCGAGCCCGUUCUGCGCGCCCAGGGCACCUUGCCCCUCCCUGGCUCCCUCCGCGCACCCCCGCCCUAUCCGCGGACUCCACUUCGAUGUGUCUGUGUCCGUGGAGGAGCUGUCCCUGUGUCGCCGUAAGGUCGCCAUCACGGUGCCAGCUCGCGCGGUGAAGGACGUGUUCAAGCGGGGAGUGAAGCGCCUGGAGCGAGACGUCAUCGGCAACCUCCGAGGCUGGCAGGCGGGCAAGCCGCUGCCCCUGGGAAUGGUCAUCUCCAAGGUGGGCGGUCAGGAGAAGUUCAAGACUUUCUGUUUGGAGGAGCUGCUGCUGGAGGCGCUUCCCCGGGGUGUUGAGGCGGCUCGUCAGGGCCGUCCAGUGGACCCCGCCAGUGUGGAGGUCCCCUCCUCCGACUUCCCCUCCAUGCUGGAGCGCUACGACCCCGCGACCGAGUUUUCCUUCAACGCGCAUUUCGACGUGGCUCCCCCCGUGGUGUGGGCCGUUCCCCUGGAGCAGCUUUCAGUAACAAUAAAGGACACGGGAGAUUUCCAGACGGACGCCGCCGCGGCUGACGACCUGAUUCGGCAGUACCGCAAGCAGCACGGCUUCAGUCGCGUGGCGGCGGGCAGGGGCCUGCAGACGGGGGACACCCUGGUCAUGGAUAUGGAGGUCCGCUCAGAGUCCUCCGGCCAGCCCCUCCCUGGCCUCACGCACACCCGCAUAUCCUUUGACACGGAGCAGGACGUGCUUGGGAUCACCUCGGGCAUGUUGGGUAUGAAGGUGGGUGAGAGCCGCACAUUCAAGAUGAUGAUGCCCGAGGACUACGAAGUGGAGUUCUGGCAGAACAUGCCGGUGGUGGCGACUGUCAAGGUGCACGAGAUCUUCGAAUGGACCCUGCCCGAGUUCAACGACGCCUAUGUUGAGCAGCACCACGCAGGCAAAUGGCGGUCUGCUGCUGAGAUGCGCGAGGCCCUCAUCGCCUCCACCGCCAUGCAGCGACUGCAACAACUGGACAAACAGCUGGAAGAUGCGGUGGUCAAGGCUGUGGCGGACUCCCUGGCGAUUCCCGAGGUGCCCGCCCGCAUGGUGGAGCAGCUGGGGGAGAGGCAGUUCCAAGCACAGCUGCUGCAGAUGAUUGAGGACGUGGGUGAAGGGUCGGGGGCGCACCUUACCUCUCCUUUAUUAAUCAAACCUUCCCCGCAUUCCACCCCGCCAUCACAGCGAAUCGGCAGUCAGGAAGACAUUGAGAAGUUGGCCACCGAGGAGGUGGCGGCGGAGUUCAUCGCACAGCGGCGGAAGGAUCUGGAGGACCAGGUGAAGUUCAAUUUGGCCGUUGAUGACAUCUUCGUGAGCCGGGGAUUGGAGCUUGACGAGGGAGCUGUGGAGGCUGAGUACGAUCUACGUGUACGGCAAAUGCAGGCGGUGGGUCAGCCCUUCGAGCGCGAGGAGCUGCUGGAGGACGUCCGGGAGACGGUCAAGAGCGUCACCGUCAUCGAGUGGCUCAAAGACAACAUCAAGCGGGAGGUGCUGCCGUACAACUGUGAUGACAACACUGCUACUGCCGCUGGGACGGGGCAAGACUCCAGGGAGCCAGUGGCAGUGUGA